GAGGCGGGGCUUGCUCCACAGGAAAGCUGAGCGGGCGGGGUAGGAGCUUGGUUCCCGGCAAGAGGCUGGCCUAGGAGAGGGAGAAUCGAAUUAAACCGGGACCGGCCUUACACCAGAUCUGGAGUAUCUAGGAGCCAAGGUGCUACACUCCCGAGGGGGCGUGGUCCCUUGCGAGCGAGGCCUUUAGGGCUCAGGAAGGUCGGGGUUCUGAGUGGACUGGGUCGUGAUGUGCAGGAGACUGCUAUCUGAAUGUUAUUUGGCUCUUGUCCGUCUGGCAGCAUGAGGCAUCGCACCCUAACCUCCAGCCCGGCCCUCUGGGCCUCUAUACCGUGUCCACGCUCUGAGCUGCGUCUGGACCUGGUUUUAGCUUCUGGACAGACCUUCCGGUGGAGGGAGCAAAGCCCUAAACACUGGAGUGGCGUGCUGGCAGAUCAAGUAUGGACACUGACUCAGACCGAGGAGCAGCUCUAUUGUACUGUGUACCGAGAAGACGAGAGCCAGGUGGGCAGGCCCACCCUAGAGGAGCUGGAUGCCUUACACAAGUACUUUCAGCUGGAUGUCAGCUUGGCUCAGCUCUAUAGCCAAUGGGCUUCUGUAGAUUCCCACUUCCAAAAAGUGGCUCAGAAAUUCCAAGGUGUGAGGCUGCUGAGACAAGACCCCAUGGAGUGCCUUUUCUCCUUCAUCUGUUCUUCCAACAACAACAUUGCUCGGAUCACUAGCAUGGUAGAACGGCUAUGCCAGGCCUUUGGACCGCGACUCAUUCAGCUUGAUGAUGUCACUUAUCAUGGCUUCCCCAGCCUUCAGGCCCUGGCUGGUCCAGAGGUAGAGGUUCACCUCAGAAAGCUGGGCCUGGGGUACCGGGCCCGCUAUGUAUGUGCCAGCGCCAAAGCCAUCCUGGAAGAGCAAGGUGGGCUGGCUUGGCUGCAGCAACUUCGAGCAGCCCCUUAUGAAGACGCCCACAAAGCCCUCUGCACUCUGCCUGGGGUGGGCACCAAGGUGGCUGACUGCAUCUGCUUAAUGGCGCUUGACAAACCCCAGGCUGUGCCUGUGGACAUCCACGUAUGGCAGAUCGCCCAGCGUGACUACGGCUGGCACCCUAACACAUCCCAGGCUAAGGGCCCAAGCCCCCUGGCCAACAAAGAACUGGGAAACUUCUUCCGGAAUCUGUGGGGACCUUAUGCUGGCUGGGCCCAAGCAGUAAGUAUACCUAGCUCAGACCCUAAAGGACUCCUCCCUCAGCCCUGCUUGACCCUGGACUCUUCAACCACCUGUUCUCAUGACUCCCACUGCCACCCCCUCCCCAAGUAUUCUCCAUUGACCCCAGCCCUGACCUCACAUCCCCUCCUCCCCAUAGACUCAUGCCCUUCCCAUAGGUGCUGUUCAGUGCUGAUCUGCGCCAACCGAACCAGGCUGGGAAGCCACCAGCAAAGCGCAGGAAGGUCUCUAAGAGGCCAGAAGGCUAGGUAGGACCAGGGGACCAAAGAUGUCAUUGGUGUCUCUCCUUUGUGCUCCACUUGUCUUCUCUAUCCCACCAUCUCUGUCAAGAAGACUCACCUCUCCUACCUCAGUGGGUUUUUACAGAAGGGGCGAGGGAGCUGUUUGAGAAUACGGAGCUGUCUUGUUUUAUCUUCCCUUUAUUACAAGAAGGAGCAAUAAAAUAGAAACAUUUGUAUGGAAAAUGCAGUGGAGUGAGAGGGAAGGGGUGAGGAGGGAUGGGGUAAGAAACUCCUCAGUUCUGGGGUGAGGAGGAAGCAGGCUGCCCCCAACCCCUCCCAUGAAAGAAACCCUGACUUCCUUGGUGUUCAGUCCAUGGCCCUAGAGCUUGGGGGUGGUGCAGGGGGCAGUUCCGAGCCUGGCUCCACACAGCAGUCUCGGCAGCAGCAGCCAGCUGCUGGGCCUGUGUGGGGAAAGAGCAGAGGUGGCUGUGGGGCAGGCUUCAGCUCCAGCUCCAGCCGUACGUCUCUCCAUGGAUCACCUAUUCCCUGCCACACGACCCUGGUUCUUACCCCCGGCUGUCGGCGUCAGCAGUUCCCCGUGGCUAGCUGUCUGCCCCUGCCCCUCCUGGCUGGUGCCCAGCUGCAGCCUCCUCAUGUGCCGAACCACAGCGGUGGCAUUGAAAGCUUGCUGUGGAAAGAGAGGAGGGGAUGCUGCCAAAGGUGCCUCGAGAGCUAGGGGUCGGCAUCAGGAGUCUUGCAGGGGCUCUGCUAUUGCCAUUCACAAGUUACUUCGUGACUCCCUAAAUCCUCCCCCGAAAACCGUAAGGCUUUACUAAGUUAUAUUCAGUCUUACAUACAAGCACAAGUAUGAAAUGUGUACAAAGGAAUUCAUAUUCCUCUAGUAAACACUUAUGUGUCAA